CCUCUGACCGUACUUCCGGUUACUCGUGAUGUCACUUCCGUAUCCUUUCGGGAACUUUCCUUACCGGCGAAUAUUUACCAUUCACAAAUCAAGGAGUGGAGCUCCGAGAAACUUCCCGUCUCAGGCGAGGAAUCAGCCCGAAAGAUGGCCAAGUGGGGAGAGGGAGACCCCCGUUGGAUCGUGGAAGAGAGAGCGGACGCCACGAACGUGAAUAACUGGCACUGGACAGAGAAAAAUGCCACCCCCUGGUCCAAGAAGAAAUUAGAGGAGCUGUUGGUUGGGCUGAAGAUAGAAGAAGAUGGAGUGAAGUGUCAGAUAAAGGACAUCUCCAAGAUUGAGGGCGAGGCCACAAUCAACAACAGAAAAAAGAAGUUAAUCUACUUUUAUGAGUGGGAAUUAGAACUGGAAUGGAAAGGCGGCCUUGAGGAGAGUAAAACAAGUUUUACUGGCAAGGCAGAAAUACCCAACCUGAGUGAAGAGAAUGAUAUUGAGGACAUAGAUGUAAAUGUUUCUGUGAAGUCUAAUUCAGACGAGGCCCACAAAGUCAAGGAAGUCGUCAGGAAAAAGGGUUCAGACAUCAUCAGAGAAAGGCUCGGCCAGUACAUUAAAGAUUUAAAAACAGAAUUUUCCCAGAACUUAAUUCUUCCCUCCAAAGAUCAGAAAAAAUCUCCAACAGCAACAGAAAAGAAGCCGGUGGUCAAAAAGGAUAUGAGCGCACUGCCAGUUGUCAGUAAAGCAGCACCAAAGGAGCAAAACAUAGGUGUGAAGAUCAACACACUCACGUACAAGUACCAGGAGGACUUCCUCUGCCCACCUGACGAGCUCUACACCACCCUGACAGACGUGGUGAGAGUGCAGGCCUGGACACACAGUCCUGCAGAGAUGGAGACAGAAAAAGGCGGCCCUUUUGUACUCUUCAACGGCAUGGUGGAGGGGAUCUUUGAUGAGCUGUCCUUCCCUAACAAAAUUGUGAUGAGGUGGAGGUUCAAGUCAUGGCCACCAGCACACUACUCUGUGGUGACCGUGCAGCUGAUAGACAAGCAUGACCACACCGUGAUGAGGCUGACCCAGACUGGAAUCCCGGACAGCGACUUCGACAGAACGAAGGCUGGCUGGAGACAGUACUACUGGGUCCCCAUCAAGGACACGUUCGGGUUUGGGGCCAGGGUGGGAAGCCUUUGACGUCCGAAUUUGCAAUUGGAAGUAGGAGUAGUGUGAAAGUCUGCCUUCAAACUGUAGUCAGUGACUGUGGAAAGAACAACUUCACUCCAUCAUAUUCAUUAGCUGUGACCAAACAACUCUGGCAUUGUGAAGUUUAGCAGGAAUAUCUCAACAUACAGGAAUGAUAUCCCAUCAGGUAUUGAUAUUGAAUAAGAAGACACUCCUCUGUGGUGUGCCCAUGUCUUCUGUAAGAAUGCUUGCCAGUAGGAUUGUUAGUGUGCCCCACAUCUCUUUAGACUAGUGAUUAGGAGAGUUUAGGAAGCUUUUGAUGCUAGUGUAUUCUCAAUGACUUCCACAUGUGCAUGCAAGCUCAAGAUUUUUCAAGUAAUGCAAGUGAUCUCUUAUGUUCUUCUCAAUGGUAACAAGAACAGUUGGCUUUCAGUCUAAAUCACAAUAUGCACCUGUGGUCAUUGAGGAAUAUCUGUAGCUAAAAGCAAGUAAAAGUGACAGCAUGUACAGGCUCAUUGUGUCUGAAAAUAUCCAGCUUGCAUUCCUGUUUGAUAGAAAGGAGUAGCUGGAAUCUAUUUAUUUAUUAGCAGUUUUCAUCUCCCAUUUGAAUUGGUUGGUUACUUCGUAUUUUCAAAUUGUAUACUCAUAAGAUUUGAUCACAUGUACAACACUGGUAGAUAUAUCUCUACUGUGGUCAUUUGUUGAAGUGCAUGGUACAGUCCAUUCACCAGUCCUUAGUAUUUUACAGCCCAAACCAUAGCAAUGUCUGUAUGUUAACUAGGAUAAUGUUAUUUCUUAUGUCUUUGAUUUUAUGUCUAGGUUCUUUAAUUGUGUCAAUGCCAUGAUUUUCCCAAGACACACAAUGUUUUUAAUUUGAGUUUUCAACAAUAAAAUUUUUAAUUUUUA